GAUUUUUGUGGAAAUGGUAUUUUGCCUCUACCUUAUUUUAUAUAAAUUUAAUGAAGGGCUAAAUAUAUGUCAUUUUAGACAAAAAUAAAGAGAGAGAAGAUAUGGAAGAGAUUAACCAUUUUAGUCAUAAAAGCCAUCCAUUAAAGCUCCUCAACUCUGAGACAAUUGUAGGUGCUAGUGUCAAUGGUGGUGAGGAGAAAUCAGGAUUGAUUGGCUGCUAUGCAUGUGAAAAACCCAUAUCAAGUGGUUUUGCAUAUGCUUGCAUCCAAUGUCGUUACUUUCUGCAUAAAGCAUGUGCACAACUUCCACACACUUUCAAUGACCCUUCCUUAUAUCAUCAACAUCUAACACUUACUGAUUUGAAUAAUGUAAAUUCCAAAUUUUGGAGUUGUGAUGUGUGUCGUAUUCGAAAGAAAUCUGGGGUGUUUUCGUAUACAUUUCUUAAGGAUAAGGUAUACAUCUUUGCAACUUGCAUUGAUUGUUGUGUUGCUAGGAUUUCUCACAAGGCUGAGGCAGAUGCUAUCAAGGAAGAGGCACAGAUGAAGGUUAAACAUGAAAGCCACCCACAACACACUUUAAGCCUCAAAUUAAGACCUGCUGCAUUCCGUUGUGAUGCUUGCCAUACUUAUAAGGAUGAAGGCUUAUCCUAUGAGUGUGAUAGUUGUGAUUUUUGGAUCCACAAGACUUGCACUUCCUUAGCACCUACCAUCCAACUACCCCAUCACCCUAAUCACAAACUGGUUCUCGUCUAUUCGCUUCCAGAAAUUUUCUUUAAUUUCUCAUAUUAUUGUGAAAUUUGCAACAAAUACAUCCAGCGGAAUGAGUGGUUGUAUCAUUGUGCAAAUUGUAGAUUUUUUGCACAUAUAAAGUGUGCCUUGAAUGCAGAACGUCCUUCAACUCCAAGAGAUGGUCUGAGUAUUGUUGAUGAGGAUGAAAAUGGUUUGUUGCAUUUUCCCAUGUCAGAUGCAUUUACAGAUCCAUUGAAACUACUACAUUUUGAAAAGAUGACUCGAGAUGAUGAUGAAACAACUAAUAUUAACCAUUGGAGUCAUAAACAUCCACUAAUCCUUCAUGUUCAACCUCAACCUAAACCUAACAACAUGUCUGGUUGUAGUGAUCCAAUUGAGGUAUGUCACGGGUGUGUACGACCCCUCUCCCUUCCGUACUAUACUUGCAAAGAUGGAUGUUCAUUCACUCUCCACAAAUAUUGUGCUGAGUUACCACUCAAAUUACAACAUCCACUUCACCCAGAUCAUUUGCUUGCCUUGAUAAACACAAGGCGAUGUAAGAACUACUAUAAAUGCACUGGUUGUGAUAGCUUUAGCAACACGUUUUUAUACAGAUGUGAAACUUGUAAGUUCAACCUCGAUGUGAACUGUGCAUUUCUACCCAACACCAUUAAACAUAAAUCCCACAAACAUCGUCUUAUCCAAGUUAUCGAUCCUAAACCUAUUUGUAACGCAUGCAACAAGUGGUUUAAGGGUAUAAGUUAUGCUUGUAAGUAUUGCGACUGCUUAUUAGAUUAGACAUGUUUUAUGCAAUGAGAUUGCCAGAUUCCAUUGGUCACAGGUAUUGCAAAGGACAUGAAAUCCUAUUGACAUAUCCCCCGGUCAUGGAUCACCCGGAAGAUUUCUAUUGUGAUAUUUGUGAGGAAGAAAUGCACCCCAAGUUACCCCUCUAUUAUUGUGGCAAAUGCAAAAAUUCUUUUCACCUUGAUUGUAUUAGUCGAGUAAAUUAUUAUGCAAACAUUUUCCGCGAGGGCACCUUGAAUGAUUCAUGUCACAAACAUCCAUUAACAUUUGUUUGGAGAAAGAAAACGCCCAAGUAUGUAUGUUCUAUUUGUAAUCAAGAUAUUAAUGGUUAUUUGACCCUCGAAUGUCGGGCAAGAGUUUGUAAUUUCAGUAUUUGUUAUCACUGCCAUAUUAAUAAGUACUAAGUCAUCAAUCAUG